AUGUCCCCGCCUCAACCCUCUCAACAUACAGUAGCAUGGGAAGUAUCCACUCUCCUUCUGCAGAUAGUCUGUGCAGGGUCUACUACCGUACGCCUUGUGCAUCGCUGGCGGACGAGGCGAAUGUGGUGGGAUGACUGGAUUGUCUUCAUCCCGCUCUCCGUAGAUGUCUUUCUGGUCGUCAUCGAUUGGUUGGCAGCGACAGCUGUGGCACUCUACAUACCAAACGUGCUCAUGCCAAUAUUCGAAUGCGAGAACCAGCUGGUCAAGUGGUACCGCAUGCCCCUCAUUGACUGUGUCAAAAAUCGACCAGCACCUUCUGCAGCAGUGUUCACAUCACUGGCGCUGGACUUCGUCGCUGACAUCUUGCUCAUCGUCACACCGUUGACAAUGCUCUGGAAAAUCAAACUUCCGAAGCGCGAGCGGACCUUGAUACUUACGCUUUUCUCGAGCAGUAUAUUGUCUUUGUUUGCAUCUACAGCGUUCUGUAUUGUUUGGGCCCUGAACGCUCGCUUCGGGGCGCAAUCUCGCAUGGUCAUUCGAAUGGUCGGACAAAUAGAGGCUGCGAUUGCUCUACUGGUAUCCAACCUAGUCGUGGUCACAAUGAUGUUCUAUUGCAUUUUGACACGGGAGACCAUUUCUGCAGAAGAUAAAGAGGCGUCACCACGGACUGUAUGUUCAUUGCCUACUACAUCACAGACAGAGGGUACUGGCGGGACCUCCCAAAAGGAAAGUUAUACCAAUGUAGCAACCGAAAAGGCCAAACCGAACGAGGCACCUGAAAGCGUAGAGUCACAGACAACAUCGUCGUCGGAACAAGAUUCCACAACCGACAUAUCAUUUACUACCAUCUUUGAAGACUCCAUACAGAACUCUUCAAUGUUCUGCGACUCUUAUAGCAAAUCGUAUGGCACGAGAAGUCAAUUCUCCGGCAUGUAUGAAGAGGACGGUUACUCGUGCGGAUCAUCAGAUUCCAGGUUUCCUGCAUGGUCCUUCUCCACGAAAAGUGCAAAAUCAUCAUAA